AUGUCGACGUCCGCGAUCACCAAGUUGCCGCCUGUGGUGCGCAGCCCGACAACGCUGCAGUACCUCGAGUACCUAGGCAACAGAUCACACGACCCAUACUUUAAACCCAGGUUUGCUUUCAAAAGCGAAGACCGCAAGCAUACUUUCAGCUCACCCAUGAUCCGCUAUACGGAUCCCCUGAUGCCCCCAUAUCCCUACGGCAAGAAUCACGCAUUCAAAGAAGCGAACUUUGGUCUCUACGGUGGGGCCACACUCCAGUCGGGGAACAAGAUCUCCAAGGGGAGGAAUAAGGGUAAAACGUUGCGAAAGUGGUUUCCCAAUGUGAGGAUCGAGACACUGAGGAGUGAAGCUCUGGAUAAAGAACUCAAAAUCCCGGUCACGGCUCGUGUGCGGAGGACGAUACAGAAAUGCGGCGGACUGGACGAAUAUGUCACUGGAACGAAACCAGCGCGGAUAAAAGAGUUGGGUCUGCUGGGUUGGAAGCUCCGAUGGCUUGUGAUGACAUCCCCGAAAUGGCAAGAGAAGUUUGCGAAACAACGAAAGGAACACAAGUUGCCGAAUGAGUUUUCUCCAUCUGGGUCGUUUGAGGCUGCUUGGAACGAUGAAAGUCAGAGAGCCAAAUUCAUCGAGCAACAAGAUGCAGCAUGGGAGGACCUCCGUGAAGCAGCUGCAAGAUUCGAGAGACAUGUGCAGAAGCAUUGGAUUGAAAAUGGCGAAAAGGAAGCAUACCACGUCCCCAAACUGGAGACAUUGAUAAGACGCAGUCCAAGUGAAUUGGAUCUGCCGGUACGCCUGGCAAGAGAUCGAACCCGUUCUAACGUCACGGCUGCCAUGAAAGUCAACCUCGUUGUGCAAACCAAGAUUCAGCAAGAGAAAGCAACCAUCGAUGUUGAAUAG